GUGCACAACGCAUGUUUGUGCGUCCCGCACUGAUGAAUCCAACGUAUGUGGCAGGACACACCCAAUACCUUGUCCAUGCACUAGACUCGUGGGACCCACGCCUAUUGAAAAAAUGACAAAUCACUGGCACCGCCGGCCCUCUACGGCCGAAACGCCACCAGACAAAACAGAGGCAUUCUUUUGUAUCCGUCGCGUCGUUUCUCUGAGUACUAUUCUCUCUCUCUCUAAACCUUAAAUUCCAGUUCCCAGAAGCCCGCCCACAGCGACAAAAACAAUGAAGAAUAAGUUAAUGCUCUGUUUUCGACCCAUCGUCCCGGAAACGGAGAUCGAAUCGGACGGUAAUGAUUGCUCCCAUGGUCGAGUUUCUUCUACAUAUAUCUCCGUCGCGAACCAUAAAGAUUUGAAGAGAUCAAAGUUCAAAUCACCAUCUCCGGACCAUAAAAAUUCGAGAAAUUCAGAAGGAAAGAGCAAUUCACGCCGAUUUCUUAAAGCAGUUCUGUUUGUGAUCUCACUGAAAAAGAGAGUUCGUGAAAGAAAAGUUCAUCAACUCACGUUUCAAUCUAACACUGGCGAUUUGGAGAACCCAAAAUCGUUGGAGGCCAACAUCAAACACAACAAAAGAAAUUUAUCUGUAUCUUCGUCUUCUUCAUCGUGUUCUUCCUCGUUUUCAUCAUCGGAACGAAAUAACUUCCGAUCACUGUCUUACAAGAAGUGCAUGUCUCGUUCUCUGUCCGAUUUAUUGGACCAGAAAAAACCGAGCAUCGGAAAUCCUCAAGAUCUUGCCGAAGUGAAAUCGAAAAACUCAAUUCUGGGCAAUUUGAUUUCAAACUGGGGACUCUGUUUGAUUCUCAUCAUUCUCUCCAUAACGAUGAUUUGGGGGCGAGUAUGUGCAAUACUGCUUGCGUCCAUGUGUUUUUACUUUCUGCCCUGCCGGAGUAAGUUCAACCCGCAGUCAGAAAAAAUGGCGGCGAAGUGGCCGGCGGUGAACAUGGAGUACUGGUCUAGAGAUUACAAUAAAAGAGUCAUAAUGGAGGGGCUGCUGGAAAGGAACCGCCAUGAACGGGAACACUAAAUUUUUUUACGCCUUUUUGAAUGAUACACAGUGUCAAAUAUUUGUAUCUAAUUGUACAUUUAUAUGAAUAGUUUGCAGUCUAAAGUUUGUAUCACAAAAAUGUAUUGAAUUCCCUUCAGUGAAAUUAAUUUCUAAGUUCUAACCGUAAA